CGGUUGCGGUCAAGCAGUUUGCCUUACUCGGACAGGGCUUGCGUGCAGACUCACGUAAUCUGACGCAAAGUCUACGCAGACUCUCAAAAGUCUGCGCGUUGCGAACGCACCCAUUGUCUCCGGUGGACGGAUUUGAGAGGUUGCAGAAUUGCGUGUGUCCAGGAUGCUGCGUCUGCGUUGCAAAGCCAAGAACGGGACUCACCUCAUGCAGGGGCUGACCAGCCUGUCCUGUGUCCAGGAGCUGAAGGACAAGGUGGCUGAGCUGACGGGAAUCCCCUGCGAGGUGCAAAAGAUCAUGGCCGGCUACCCUCCAUCAAGCCUGGACCUCAGCAACGGAGAUGUACAUCUGCAGGACUUCCCCAUCAAGUCAGGAGACACUUUGAUCGUCGAAGAAGAAAAGAAUAAACCGAAGCCCCAGCCUCCUCUGGGAGUUUCGAAGUCCAACGCCUCCCCCAGCCUGCCAAAGGAUUCCUCUCCUGUGCUGGCGAGGCGCGUGGUCCCCGCGGACAACUCCUGUCUCUUCACCAGCGUGUUCUUCGUGGUGGAAGGGGGCGUCUAUGACCCCUCCUGUGCCCCGGAGAUGCGGGGCCUGAUUGCGCAGAUCGUGGCCAGCGAUCCCAGCUCCUACUCGGAGGCAGUGCUGGGGAAAUCCAACCAGGAGUACUGCGACUGGAUCAGGAGGGAUGACACCUGGGGGGGUGCCAUAGAGGUGUCCAUCCUGUCCAAGUUCUACCAGUGUGAGAUCUGCGUGGUGGACACCCAGACGGUCAGGGUGGACCGCUUUGGGGAGGAUGCAGGCUUCUCCAAGAGGGUCUUGUUGAUUUACAAUGGGAUCCACUACGACCCCCUUCAAAGGGCGGUGCCCGGUUCGGACGCACCGGCCCAGACCAUCUUCUCCACCAGCGACGAUAUCAUCCUGGCACAGGCUUUGGAACUGGCCGACGAGGCGCGGAGGAAGCGGCAGUUCACAGACGUCAACCGCUUCUCCCUGCACUGCAUGGUGUGCCAGAAAGGCUUGGUGGGACAGGCAGAGGCCCGCGAUCACGCCAAAGAGACCGGACACACUAACUUCGGAGAAGUGUGACGCUCCCUGCCCUGGAGGCCCCUUCCUCUACCUCACAGUCCCACUAGCACUCUGGGCUUAUAAUUAAGCUAAACAAAGAUAUUAGUCAGUGUUAAGGAAACUAAAUCCACCAUGGUUACAAAGCCAGGAGAUCCUCUUUAAAAUAUAUUAUUACUGUUUUUAUUCUUCUUAUUAUUAUCAUUGUUGUUCUUAUUAUUUUUACAGUAUUGGCUGGUUUCAAAGACCACAAUUAGCAUGAAUUAUGGGUUAUCUUACCCAAGAUAACAUAAGGUUGUACAUUAUUAGGAGGCUGUGUGGUCCAGUGGUUAAAGAAAAGGGCUUGUAACCAGGAGGUCCCCGGUUCAAAUCCCACCUCAGCCACUGACUCAUAGUGUGACCCUGAGCAAAUCACUUAACCUCCUUGUGCUCCGUCUUUCGAGUGAGACGUAGUUGUAAGUGACUCUGCAGCUGAUGCAUAGUUGACACACCCUAGUCUCUGUAAGUUGCCUUGGAUAAAGGCGUCUGCCAAAUAAAUAAAUAGUAAUAAUAAUAAUGCUAGUCAGGGUCUGUGAAACCAGCCAUGUUGUGUUUUAAACCAUGUUUUACCACCAUUUUUUAUCACAAAAACAAUGUACCUCUGCUUAGUCACUGACACUUUGAUAACCUUCUGAGGUUAACAAGCUCUCUCUGGGAAGUUUGUCCUCUGAGUUGGAUUGGUGUUGGACACUUAAAUGCAUGUCUGCUGUAAUUUAUUCAGAAAAGUUUUUACAAGAUAGUUAUAUUUGCAACUCUUGCAAAAUAAUGGGAGGUUACCAUAUUGAAACCAAACUUACUGUAACAGUUUCGCUGCCAUACUUUACAUUCUCUUUUCAGGGGGCACGACAAUUCUAAACUGUGCGCUGAAGCAUAGACUUUAUUACCAAGCUUAUUUUAACACAUGUUCCGAUCACUAGACUUCAGUCAUUGCAAAAUGUUGUAUUUUAUUGUUAGUUUUUUUUCAAGACAGCUGCUAGUUUGGCACCGUUUUAGUAUUAAUUACAAUAGUUUUGCACCGGUAAUCUGAGAUUGGCACUGGUGGAGUCUGCAAUCGAUGGAGUACCCAUUCUAACCUUGACUGCAGAGAGCUACUCUUGCACUGUUUGCAUGAGAAGCACUUGUCAUGGCCAGUUAGAUAACUGAGCACAAUGAAAGUCAAGGCUGUCAUGUACACAUUGUUCACAAUAUUGAAUGUAUGUCACCCCUGUUUAAAUACCCUGUUGUGUGUGUGUGUGUUCCCUGUCAUUGCACAUCGCUGCUUCUGCUUCCAUCGUUAUUUACCAUGGUUGCUAACUGGCUGUACAAGUCCUUCCAGAAGCUGAACUUCAGAGAAGUGAGAUGGUUUGAAUAUUGAAAAUGGUUGCAAAGCUUAUUUGCGGUAGGGACUGAUAGAGAACACAUGUACCAGGAUAUUAAACAGGUGACUUAUGAAAUAGUCUGACAACGUAGCUGGUAUAAUAAAUCCCUUGUGUUAAGGGCACGAAAGACAAGGCCAGUGUCCUGGCAAGUAAGGCCCUCUGCCGAGGGUAUUAAUGCUGUUACUAACCGAAGUACGAAGACACAGAUUCUUGUACUGAAUCACAUUACAGUGCUUGAAACAAAGCUACGGUCUUGUUAGCUUUAUCAUGAGAUAAUAACAACUCGAAACUUGGACGCUUUGUGAGGUUUAUAAAUAGCAUUAUUUUAACUAGUACUGGAUUUACUUGAUUUUUCAGUUAACAUUUUUUUUUUUUUUGGUCUUUGAAACAGUACAUUAUGGACAAUGGGGUUAGAUGAUUAAUUUUUUUUUUAAAUGUUGCAAACCUGAACCAAACCUUUCUGCAACUGGGCAAUGUAGUGCUGUAGAAACAUCAAUCAUCAAAGGUACAGAAAUGUGCUUAACAUGCUUUACCACCAUGAUAACACGGGUACAGGUCAUCUACAGGUAGAACAAGAGGUUUGCAAGAGGUCAGUCAGCAUCUUUCCAAUAAAUCUCUAAAACUAAAACAAACCCAACUGCGAGUAACUGCAGCAAGUUCAUGAAGAAUCUGGUCUUGUUCACUGUAAUGUUUUCAGCAGCUUGUGUGGGUUGCCCAAUGCUAAUCAGUUCAGCAUUAAAUCAAGAGUCGUUUUUACAGAAAUGAAUCCAGGUUCUCCCUUGCUUGCUGCAUAAGAAAACGUUUUGUCAUUGCUUUGCACCUGCAGUGUGAGAAGCCAUUCGUUUACAGUAACAUGAACUAGUACAAACACAGGUGCUUUUUAAUUUAUUUAAUUUUUUUUUCUAAAUCUAUAUAUAUACACUCUGAUUGCUGUGGCCUAUUUUUGUGAUAGUUUGGUUCAAGUAUUGCAAAGUAAGUAAAUUGGAAUACUUCACAGAAGUUCUGACAGAUCAGUUCCUGGUAGAACGCUAGUGUUUUGAAACCCUUGCUGAUUGUGUGUGCUACAAUCUGGAACCGGGUUAGAGAAUGCAAAACAAAAACACAAUGACUGUUUAGAAAACAGUUCCCUUUUCCUCAGGUUUAUCUGCACUUUGAGACUAUGGAAGGAAUCUGUUACGGGACAGUGAACCUGUACUUGAAAGAAAGCAUUUCUAAUUCAGUGUCUGGAGAAGCCUUUUUUUGAUUCCGAACUUUUUGAAUAUAAUAGUAUUUAGAGGGGUCUAUCUUGGCUGAUUUUGUUUUAGCAAUGGUAGCAUAGGGAAUGGAUGAAUUUUGCAUAGAAUUAAAUACAAUGUUGAAGUUAUUCAUUGUGAAUAUCAUAUUUCCCCUCCUUUCCUGAAACUGGCACGUGAAUCUUCAUGUAUGAAUGUGUACUGUACAUAACACUGCAUAUUGUGAACUGUGUUGUAUUACAUAGCCAUAAUAUUUGAGGGCAAAAUAAGAGCAAGGCUGCUGGAGUGUUUAUUUUAUUAUUUUUUUUAAAUACUGACUUGAUAGCUUUUAUAACACACACACACACACACACAUUGAUGUAGUGACCUAUAUUGUACCAGCUUUUUUCCAACCUAGCUCUUAUUUGAAAUUCGGAGUGAGUGUCCCCCCAGCCCCUAAUCCAGGGGUACUCCACUCUGGAUCCUCAAGGGUAAUGCCUUUGUUCCAGGGGGGGGCUACAUUAUGAACUGGAAUGAUAUGCAAAUAGGUCAUCUUCCAGGCGUGCAAGCUGUCUGCUGCUAAUCUGGAUUUAGAUCAGGGAUCACUUUAGGAUGCAAAUCCAGAAGCCCUGCAUUUCAACUCACUGCACCAUGACAGAGAGACAGCAUGCAUGUGAUUGAGCAGUGUGUGGUUUUAAAGGCGUCUGAGUUUGUUUCUCACGCAGAUUUUGGUACUCUUGUAACUGACCAGUACUGAUUCUGAUAACACCUAGCCUAGUCUUUGUUUUAUUUAUUUUCUACUUGUAUUACAUCAGUAAAAAAAAAAAAAAAAAAAAUCAGUAAUUGCCCUUUGAAUAAAACACAUACACCGCUGCAAACACACACUCUGCAAAAAAUCCGGAGUACAGUGCCUUGACACAGGACUAACUGAAGCCUAACUGGAAGACCUUUUUGGUAUUCCUUUAUUUUGUAUGAGGUACACUAUAUUGGGGCACCACUGAUUUGCAAUGGUAAGUGGUUUUGUUGUUGACACACAAUAGUUUCUGUGUACUUUAAAAACUGGCUCAAGCACUUAUCAGUGAAGCAUUCCACCGCGUUUUAAAAAUAGCUUGUAAAAAGGUAGUGCCACCUGCUUUCAAUAUUACUACUAUAAUUACUAAGUGCUGUAACCUCACAUGCUACAAUUUAAGCUGUAUCAUAGUGACUCUCCAAAACUAUUUUUAUCCAGCAGCUUUUCUUUAUUUACUGUCUUAGUUCCAAUGGUAGCCUUCGGUUUUCAGACUGGGUUGCUAUAAAUAGGCUAAAGCGACUGGUGAUCGACGUGGAUUAGCCUUUAAGUUAUUAUAACUAAGCUGCUGCGUUUUUAAAUAGGAUUGCAAGGUGCUGAUGAUGUUCUGCCACUGAAUAGUUGGUUUUUGGUAUAGGAUUUUGACUGCUGGGUUUAUUGUACUGUAUGAAAAAUGAUUUCUUGCACAUGUAAUGUGUGUAUAACUGGCAAUGUAUCCUGGUGUAGCAAAUAUGAGAUUUUAGAAAACUUGUGGUUUUAGAGUUACAGUAACAGCAGCUGGAAUUUGAUAAACCAUUUGGGCCUAUAAAUGCAUUCUGUGUGAACACAGACAUGUGGAUGUGCAGAAGAUUGACAACAUGCCAUAUUUGCAUGGACCAGUAUCUGGGAAAUACUGGGAGAAAAACACCAAACCAACCAUGGGAAUUUAGAACCAAGGGGCUGCAACAUAGGGGCUGAUUUAGUCCACAGCCAUCAGGUGUGAGUUAGUGACUGGGCUGGUGCAAAAAUCAAUCUCAUCAGCAUUUACCCUGGGGAAAAUAUUGUACCUCUAGAACCACACUGCCGUCGUUGGCAUGUUGUCAAGGACAAUCAAGCGACAGCAUUUCAUGAGUAGGUCGGGCGCUGUGCUGUUUGCAGAGUAAAACACUUGUGUGCACGUAUGUUGUGUGGAUUUUGUAUCUUGUAAUUAAACUCACAAUAGCCACCCAUGCCUUUAAGACUCACUGAACCCAUGCCUGAUGAUAUUUAUGAUAUUAAUAAAAUAAGACUGAACCGUG